AUGGUGCGUCAGCUCUACGAUGGCAUGAUGGCGCGCGUCAGGGACAAUGGAGCUGUCUCAGAGGCAUUCGUAGUGACCAAAGCAGUGAAGCAGGACUGCGUUCUCGCGCCCACUCUCUUCAGUCUUAUGUCCUCUGUCAUGCUGAUGAACGCCUACCGUGACGAAUGUCUCUGGAUCCGCAUCGCCUACAGGACGGACGGUCGCCUUCUCAAGCAUCGGCGGAUGAACUUCCAGUUACGUGUAUCCACAACUGCCAUUCAUGAACUUCUCUUCGCCGACGACUAUGCCCUCAACGCCACCUCGGAAGGGGACAUUCAAAGGAGCAUGGAUCUCUUCGUUUCCGCCUGCGACAGCUACAGCCUUGUCAUCAGCACGGAGAAGACGGUGGUUAUGCAUCAACCGCCAUCUGACGCUGCCUAUGUCGCACCCCAAAUCAGCAUGAACAGCGCCCAACUGCAAGUCUUGGACAACUUCAUCUACCUGGGCGGCACGCUCUCCCGUAACACCAAAGUCGAUGAUGAAAUGGCUCGCCGUAUUUUCAAAGGCAGCCAAGCCUGCGGCUGUCUGCAGAACGCCGUCUGGAAACGUCGCGAUCUCCAUCUCAACACAAAGCUGAAGGGCAGGGAAUGCUGCUGA